AUGAUCGCUCUGAAACGGAAACAGCCGGAGCCGACGGGCAGCGGUCAGGUCUUCCUCUUGGGCAGCGAUGGGCGCAGCCGGCCCGCGCCAGACCGCGAGGCCGUCCACCGAGAGCUGGCGACGAUGAACGUGGGCUUCGGAAGGUACAAAGCCUUGAGCUUCCAGGAGUUGGCAGAGGAGGAGCCGGAGUACUGCAGCUGGAUCUUAGCGCAGAAUGGUAGCAGCAACAUGCGGAUGAACAAGCUGCAGGCCUUCCUUCGAAACCUCUCGAAGUUGAAAGAGCAGCGGAGCGAGGCGCUGAAGGAGUCUCAGGCGCCAGCGCGAAGUGCCGUCACCACGGCUCCGGCGAGUCAUCCCGUCAGUGCUCCUUCCAGUGCUCCUGCAAGAGCUCUUAUGAACGAGGACAGCGUCCGAGCCGAAGCAGUCAGGACGACUGCAAGGCCUUUGGCCCACAGCGCCACCGCCGCCGCAGUAAGCAAGCUCCUCUCCAUGGGCUUCGAAGAGGAGGACGCUCUGCGAGCUCUGGCCGAGGUUGGAACCCUGGAGGCUGCGGUAAACUUCCUUCUCACAGAGCCUCCCAAAAUCCCUCAAAGCGAAGCCGAAGAGGCCGAGGUCACGGAAGUACCGCCGAGCCCACAGAGGCCCCGGGCGCCUCCGGCGCCCGCGCCGCCCAAGGCACCUGCGCCGGCGCGCGUCGUGAGGAGCCCGGGGCUUCGGGCGCCCGUUAAGGCGACGAUCUACUGCGAUGAUAGCUCUGACAGUGAUGUGCAAAUUGCAUUCGACUAG